AUGAUAUUCAAGCUCCCGUGCGGCUUUGACAACAGUGGGACAACAUCUAGGCGGACCAAUAGGGCAUAUGUGGAGGAACUGGAGCAACGCGUCAAAUUCAUGGACGAUCAAUUGCAGCGGCUGAGCCGGGGAGAAAAAUUUCCUCGACAAAGUGUUCAGGACUUUCAGUCUCCUGGCACAGGUCCACUUAGAGACACCGAAAUUAAUAAUUCUGAACCUGGUGAAGAUGAGACUAAUCUUGUGUAUGCUCAGCCGCCUGAUGAUGAAGCUUCCCAGGCAGGCCAGGACACUUCCGACCAGCCAUCUUAUGUUCUUCGAGCGCGGGACGGGAAAAUGCGCUUCUUCGGAGCGUCUUCUGGAUUUGGUGUGCCUUGUUCUCAAGAAGUAAACCGAUCGGAAGCGAAACACCCAAGGCUCGGCUGGGUACACGCGGCCCGACGCAGUGCUAUACAAUGGCCGUUGACGAACUGGGUUCCUCGAAUUCUCCAGAAUGCUUAUGAACAGCGUAUAACUCAGGCCUUACCAUCAAAGGAAGCUACACUGAGCCUGGUGGCUUUCUUUCUUGAUAACUUCAAUCGCACGAUUCCGCUAGUCGACGAUACAUCUCUCAUGCGCCUGGUAGAGAGGCACUUUUCUUGGAAUCCAGAUGAGAGUCCUUCAUCAUGGGUCUUGCUCAACGUCGUGCUCGCAUUGUCUUACAGAGAGAGGGCACAAGCAUCAUCUGACGCGAGCACCGAUCUACAGAAGUCACUGGGUCAUAUCAAAAACGCCUUGAACGUGCUCGUAGACCUUUUCUUGCGUAAUGCAGAUCUACUUGCUGUACAAGGACUACUAGGGCUGGCUCUUUACUUUCAGGGGACUCCUAAUGCACAAGCCCUGUUUAUGCUCGCAGCAUCAGCAAUGCGGCUGUCGCACUCCAUUGGACUGCACAGAAACACGACCUCUGGCUUCACCAAAGCCGAGAUUGAAGAACGAAGAAGAGUAUUCUGGAUUUCAUUCAUUCUGGAUGCUGAUAUUUCCCUCCGAGUUGGACGCCCACCAGUUCAGGACAUGGAGGACUACAACACACCAUUGCCAUCCGAGUCACCUCACGAUGGUAAAGGUAUCAUCUCCAUCAACGGGACCAGAAUGAACUUCUUUCGCGCGUGGGCUCAGUUUGCAACAGUGCAAAGGCUUGUAUAUCGUCAUCUUCAAACCGUGGCUGUUACCCAGCAACCCAAAGAGAUAGCCUUCAAAUCGGCCAAGGCCUGCGAAGACGCCCUUUUGCUAUGGAGAAGCUCAAUUCCCGAUCUUUUCCGACCGAAGAAUAUAUUUGCUUCAGAACCCUUUCAUUCUAGGCAACAUCUCUUUCGACUGAACCUUGCAUACCAUUGUUGCUACGCAAAUCUCCGCCAAUUAUCUUUGGUUACUUCUUCCGCUAACGCAUCUGGUGACAGUCAGUCAGAGGUUGACAAGGAGAUAGUAGCGCUUCGCUUACGCUGUAUUGAUUCGGCCCGCUCUGCGCUGGCUUUGCUGCCAUAUGUUCGCCUGCUGGGAUUGAAUUACAAGUGGAACGUGCUGUAUUUCUUCGCCACCGCAUCUGUGGCAUUGACAUCUGAAAUACGCCUCAAUUCUACCCAUCACAAUUCCAAUCAUGAUCUUUCCAUGGCUCAUGAAGUCACAUCAUUCCUCAAAGAUGUUUCAUCCGGAGAACCAGGCACGUUUGUCGAUUUUAUUCUGAGCGUGUGUUCCGAUCUAGAGAGCUCUGCCAGGCGCGCCAUCCACCAAACACGGAGCGAUGGUCUCAGAUCGGCUACUGGUGUCCAUAGAAAUGUCUCUAGCCCAGAUACCGGGCUGUCUGAACAGCAAUUGCCUACUGACCACGGUGAUAAUACCAUUUUGCACAACGAAGUUGACCUUCUCACUGACAUUGAUCCGGAUGCUGUUAACACGCAAUGGUCAAUUCCUCCAUUUUGGAAUUGGCAGGAUAUUUUUAUUGGCCUGCCUGUCUCUCCCGAAACGAACAGAGGAUGA